ACAGCAAUUGUAGUGAGCAUAAUUCUUUUGUAUGUCAGAGAUGCAUAUGGGAACAAUAGAAGACUAUGGAAAUCAUGCGUGCUGUCUUGUUCAUGUCAUGUCUUCUGUUUUUGACUAACGGUGGUCAGGGUGCAACGGACUGUGCAUACACCUCGGUGCUUCUGUCAUACACCUUCUCGAACAGAGCUCGGGUCAUCCCUAACUUCUCGCCUUUCGUCAAGACUCUUGAGGAGGACCUGUUAGAUAUUUUAUUAUUGCCUCUCAAUAUAAGUACCAAUCGUUACUUCUCCUCGGAUGAGGUUGGUACUCACAUUGACGUGCCGGGAAGAUUUCACGCCGAUGGAUAUCGUAUUGGGGAAAUAGGCUUCUGUGACUUCUUCUUGGUGCCUGGAAUAAAAAUUGAUGUUACACAGAAAGCAGCGAGAGACAGAAAUUAUGAGGUUACAGUCGAUGAUAUCGAGGAGUGGAUCUGCGAGAACGGGCCUCUGCCAGAACGAGGGAUCGUGCUGUUCGACUUCGGGUGGAGUUACAGAUAUGAUGACGCCAGAAGAUAUUUUGGGGAUGAUUCUGUACUUGACCUCCUCCUUCCCUUAGAGUAUAGUUGGCCAGGAAUAUCUCUUGAGGCAGCGGAGUUUCUGGUGCAGUGCUCCAGCAAAAUCGUCGCCGUGGGUGUGGACUCCCCAGGCGUAGACACGGGCUUUUACACGAGUCCUGCUGAGAGCAUAGCGCCCAGCGAGCCGACUUCCCGCUACCUCACACGUUACGGCCUAUACCUCAUCGAGAACCUGCAACUGCGAGCUGCAGAGCUGCCCAACAGAGGGUUCUUCCUGACGGUUGGAGUUCAGAACUUUCAGGUCCAGACCGCUGCACCGGCCUACGUUAUAGCUGAGUACUGUGCCGACCCAAACCCUGAGUUGGUGUGCCCCAACCCUACAUUCGAGUCGGUGGUCUCAGGCUUCUACCCAUAUCCUCGCCGACCGUCCACCAAUCAUAAACAUUCCAUCAGUCCUUACCACGAGUCUCCAUUCCCACACUACCACCGCCAGGGUCGAUCAUUCCGACAUAAAUAGGCAUGAAAUUACACUAAUAAACUCAGCUGCAAAUGAUUAGCUAAACACGGAAUUUAUUUAAAACCAACAAUCUGAGCUGGCUCCUUAUUUUAAAGGGUCAGUGUAAUGAAACGAUAGAACUAUUUACUCAUUUUUGAUUUACUCACCCUGAAGGGCGUGAAAGACGCUUACUUGCUUCACUAGCGUAGAUAUUUAAUUAAAUUAAAUGUUCUAUGACAUUAUUGGUGAAAGUAUUAAUUGAUUGUACAGAUAAUGUAAGUUUUAGAAUAAACUUUUCUCGUUCAUCACAAUUUACUUAGUUCAUUAUUUCCAUAAAAGAUAUAAAAGCACGGUUUCGACACAUUAAACAAAUUUUGUUGUCUUUGUAACCGAAAGAGACCUGUAGGAAGACUGGAUACGUUUAUAAUAAAUAGUGUUUCUUUUUGUACGUA